AUGGUCAAGUUCCUGGCGUUCCCCUCUGCGUUACAUGUAUCACCUCCUUCCUGUGGUAAGAAAUGGAACUGCAGUUUGCCAACUCAGCAGCCUGUUUUAUUCAAGAACCAAAUAGAGAACAUCACUGCAGACUGCCCAGAUCUGUUCAGUGAUGGCCGACGUAUUGUUGGAGGGACCUUAGCGCCAAAGGACAAGUGGGGCUGGCAAGUCAGCUUGCACUGGAGGAAGACUCACACCUGUGGCGGCGCCAUCAUCUCCACCCACUGGGUCAUCACUGCAGCUCACUGCUUUGCUGAGAACGACAUUCUUGAAGCCGCUGACUGGCUGGUGGUGGUGGGAACAGUCAGCAUCGCACACAACUCUCCAGGGAAACAAUACAGAGCACUGCAGAUCAUCUACCACCCUUCUUACAACAAUACCAGCAUUGACUAUGAUGUGGGGCUUCUGCGCACCAUCACUGGCAUGGACUUGACAGAUGGGGUACGACCGGUCUGUUUACCCCGUCUAAGUGACUCCUUUCCUCCUGGAACAUCCUGUUGGAUCACAGGCUGGGGAGUGACGGCAGAAGGAGGAACUGUGUCAGAUGAGCUAAUGGAGGCUCAGGUACAGGUAAUAGCUCAGUCCACCUGCUCCAGCUUUAAGGUCUACAGAAACCGCAUAACCCCUCGGAUGAUUUGUGCAGGCAACUUGGACGGCGGAGUGGACUCCUGCCAGGGAGACAGCGGUGGACCGCUGGUGUGUAAGACACUGAAUGGGGACUGGAGGCUGGCAGGGGUGGUGAGCUGGGGAGAGGGUUGUGCGCGGCCCAAUAAACCAGGCGUCUACAGCAGAGUAACGGAGCUGCUGCACUGGGUUGAAAAGAAAACAAAGGGCAUAACAAAGGAAAAUGAGGACACCACAACAGCCAUGACCGGCCCUUAAGGGAGAUAACUGACAAUAAAGAUUGGCCCAUAUCUGUCUGUGUGCCUUGUUUAUUGUGCAGCACUGCAAAGUCAGUGUUAGACUGACAGAUUAGCUGCUUUAUGGUUUCUUGUCAUAGCUUAUUGAGUUUUUUUAUUCAAGAAAAUGUAGUUUAGUAUAAAAAGAAAACUGUGCUCAAAACAGUUUACAGACAUCAAAAGGCAAGUUUAUAUUUCAACAAUAAAAAGUACAUUUCUUAUACAGAAAAAAAAUGGAAUCAGUCAAUGGAAAAGGUAUUACAUGACAAGAUCAGAUUAUGUGUACUGAUUAGCAAUAUUAGCUCUAUUGCCACAAAAACGGAAUAAUUCAGUUGUAGUAUUUAGACAAGGUCAUGGAUUUAGAUACGGCUAAUGUAUUUAAACAUGGCUUGUCGAAACCUAAUCACAAUAAAACAGGCGAUUAAAUGUUAGAAGAUGAAGAAUAAGUACUCUUCAGAAACACCUAUACAAUGCACUUUCUGAUGUCACAUCCUCCUUUUUACUAUUCUGUUAAUAUUUGUAGCGCCAUACUAAUAAUAAGGUGCACUUUUAUGGUAACAGUAAAAGUUUUGUGUUGGAAGAAGAACUAAAAUUCUUAAAACAUUAGGCCAGAAUAUUACUUAACACAAUUAAUUUACAAACAUCACGCAACAAAAAGUAGAAUUUAGUUGAAUAAGCUUCAGGCAAGACACAAACACAACUGAUCUACAAAAAAAUAUGAGAAGUUACAGCAAAUAUAAAGACACAAAGAUGAAUGACGUUUGGUAGCACAGUUUUUAUGCAUUUUAGAAACUUUUAACACAUUUUUAGUGUGUUUAACUGCUGUGUGCUCAACUUUUGAACACUAUUAAUGGUAAUGGUGUACAGCGCCACUUUACCAAUAUGAUCAUUGAAAAAAAACGUUUUAUUUGUAGUGGGGGUUUUUUGACAGUUUUGGACCUUUACAUGUAAAAUUUGCCUGACAUUACAACAAAAUAAGCUGUCUAAUUUGAAUAAAUAGGGUCUACAACAUGUAAGCCUUCAAUGAGGAGAAAACAAAUGAUCUUUGAAUGCUGAUAUGUGAAUUGUGAACAUUACAUAUUUCCAUUUUCUGUGAUUUUGAAUUUUUUUUUAGUUUAAC